AUGGAUGAAAGCCAAGUCAAACAAUUAUUGGCAGCUGAAGGCAUUUUGCCUGAGGCACCUCCUUUUGAUGAAUCUUGGCUCAACUUCACCGCGCCAGAACCGUCAUCGAAGGAACUCUCAGCCCGUCAGACCUCGUGCGGCAGCACAACUUCGUUUGUGACAGACAAGACUGAGAGGUUCGUCGACUGGGAUGUGCAAAUGUCUCCUGUCGUUCUCGGGGCUGGAAGCGGCGUUGAUGUCACAGUCUCUUCUGGAUGGAGUGUUAGCAACUCGGUCUCUGCUUCGGCCGGCCUCGACAUCAAGUUUGUCAAGGACAGGCUGGGCAGCACUCUUGGAGUUGACUUUUCCCGAACCUGGACUACGACUACCUCUUUGAUGUACAAGACCACCAUCAAGGCCGGCGAGGCUGGAACAUGGAUCACUAGGCCGUGGGUGACGCGCAGAUAUGGUCGUACCUUCCAAGGUUGCCCGGGUUCAUUGGCUGAGACUGGGACGUGGACGGCAGAUUCCCACGAAGAUGGCACCUAUGAUAACGCGAAAUGGAUCUCUGGGUUCAUUACCGCAUGCAUUAAGCCAGCCCCCACUAAUGGGGAUCUCAGCUUUUGCAAUGGGGAUGGGAAGUUUCGAUAG